AUGAGCGAUCCACUCGACGUACCCAAGUACCGCAAUGCUCCCCACGCACUCUACACCAUCGUCAAGGAGGAAGGUAUUGGUGCUUUAUACAAGGGUGUCGGCUUGACUGCCUUGAGACAAGCUACCAACCAAGCUGCCAAUUUCACUGCCUACCAGGAACUCAAGAAGCAUGCUCGUAAAUUCCAAAAGUUGGAUGAGCUUCCUUCAUACCAAACAUUGGUGAUUGGUGGUAUUUCUGGUGCCAUGGGUCCUCUCUCUAACGCACCUAUUGAUACUGUGAAGACUCGUAUUCAAAGAGCUAACAACCUCACUGGCAACGCCUGGCAACGUGUUGUUACUGUGAGUACCGAAAUCUAUACCAAGGAAGGCUUCAAGGCAUUCUACAAGGGCUUGACUCCACGUGUAUUGCGUGUGGCUCCUGGUCAAGCUGUUACUUUUGUGGUUUACGAAAAGGUCAAAUCAUGGAUUGAUCUUUUUACUGAGAAGGUGCAAGAUGGUGAAUUGACCAAGCAGACUCAGUAA